AUGUCCACCUCUCGCACCCGAAAGGCUGCUGCGCCUGCAGCAGCAAAGAACAAAGCUCGGCCCACCAAAGCCGCCAAAAAGGCACCUGUCCAAGAAAGAGAAGAAUCAGAAGAACACAUCAUCGAGGUCGAAGCCAAGCCUGAAGAAAUAUCUGAGCCCGAACCAGCGAAGAAGACCACCAAACGCAAGGCAGAGGAUGAUCUCGAGGUUGAGCCCAAGGUCAACGGCGUCAAACGUGCCAAAUCACGAACAACCACUCCAGCUCCACAGCCUGCAAAGGCCAAAACCAAAGCUCCAGCUACCAAGGCAACCAAAGCCACUGCUGUGAAGGCUACCAAGGCCACUGCUGCAGAGACUACCGAAGCAGCGGUAGCCAAACCAACAAAAGCCACCAUAACAAAGACCAAGGCCAAAACUGAAAUCAAUCAUGCCCCUACCGACAAGUUGAACGUCUACGUCUUCGGAGAAGGUUCCUCAGGUGAGCUGGGCUUGGGCAGUGCGAAGGGACAAACCGAAGUCAAGCGUCCACGUUACAAUCCCAACCUCAGCCCUGAAGAUGCUGGUGUCGUGUAUCUUUCAGUCGGUGGAAUGCACACUGCUGCUCUCACUCACGACAACAAGAUUCUGACAUGGGGUGUCAAUGACCAGGGUGCUCUUGGACGUGAUACAGCCUGGGAUGGUGGUCUUCGAGACCUUGCCGACGAUGCUAGUGACAGCGAUUCGGAUAGUGGCUCUGAUACUGCUAUCAACCCCAAGGAAUCCACCCCCGCAGAGGUCGAUCUCUCUGGCCUUCCCGAAGGCAUUACAUUUACCCAGGUUGUUACAACUGACAGUGCGACAUUCGUCCUCACCACUGAAGGAGAAGUCUAUGGUUGGGGCACAUUCCGUUCCAAUGAAGGCAUCUUCGGAUUCGACAACACCACCUUGAUUCAACUACGUCCCAAACUGAUCAAAGGCCUCAAGAAGAUCGUCAAGCUUGCUGCAGGUGCCAACCAUGUUCUAGCUCUUCAAAGCAAUGGUGUGGUCUAUGGAUGGGGCUCAGGCCAGCAGAAUCAGCUUGGACGCAGGAUCUUGGAAAGGCGAGCCACCAACAGCCUGGUGCCUAUGCCAGUUGGCUUGCCCAAGAAGAUUAUCAAUCUUGGUGCGGGUGCCUACAACUCUUUUGCCAUUCGUGAGAAUGGUGAUGUCUACUCAUGGGGUCUCAACAACUUUGGUCAAACCGGAAUUCCCAAGGAGUUUGACGAGACUGGUGCCAGCAAAGGUGCUGACGUUCAUCAUCCCAUUAUUAUCGAGGCAUUGCGCGGCACGGGCAAGGUUACCUGUAUUCAAGGAGGAGCACAUCACACUGUUGCUUGCACCGACAAAGGAGAGCUGCUUGUUUGGGGACGACUUGACGGCUAUCAACUUGGAGUGAAGAUAUCUGAUUUGCCACAAGAUGAGGUUGUUCGUGAUUCUGCUGGCCAUCCACGUAUCCUCACCGUCCCAACCCAAAUCCCCAACAUCAAUGCCAUCCAUGUUGCAGCGGGCUCUGACCACUGUGUGGCUAUCGACAAGAAUGGCAAGGCCUAUUCGUGGGGUUUCAGUACCACUUUCCAGACAGGACUCGGCACUGACGAUGAUGUCGAACUCGCAACCAUGAUCGACAACACGGCAGUCAGGGACAAGAAGCUGGUUUGGGCUGGAGCUGGUGGUCAAUUCAGUGUCAUCGCUGGCCUGGCUGACCACCCCAUGGUCAAUGGUAUCAAUGGACAUGCUUGA